AUGAAACUCUUGGUUUUGUUUGGGUUGUCGUGGAAACGGCCCAAGAGCCAAUCACAGGCGACCCGCCGCGUCCUCAUGAAUAUUAAUGAGCAGGAUGUGAGCGGCUCGUUGCGCGAGGCCCGCGGUGCGCAUGCGCGAAGCUUCGCCUCCGACAACAAGAAGCAGGAGCCAGGCAAGAUGGCCGACCUGGGAAAGAAGUACUGCGUUAACUGCCUCGCAGACGUUACGAACCUGCGGCUCCGCUGCACCGACUGCCAGGACAUCGAGCUGUGCCCGGAGUGCUUCUCGGCGGGCGCAGAAAUCGGUAAUCACCGGAGAUGGCACGGCUACCAGCAAGUCGACGGCGGUCGGUUCUCUCUCUGGGGUCCCGAGGCUGAGGGAGGAUGGACCAGCAGGGAAGAGCAGUCGCUACUCGAUGCCAUCGAGCAGUAUGGAUUUGGAAACUGGGAGGACAUGGCCGCUCACGUUGGUGCAUCCCGGACUCCUCAGGAAGUCAUGGAGCAUUACGUCACCAUGUACAUCCACGGAAACCUGGGUAAGGCCUGCAUCCCCGACAGCAUUCCCAACCGAGUGACCGACCACACCUGUCCGAGCGGGGGCCCGCUGUCGCCCAGCCUCACCACGCCGCUCCCGCCGCUGGACAUCAGCCUGACGGAGCAGCAGCAGCUGGGCUACAUGCCGCUGCGCGACGACUACGAGAUUGAGUACGACCAGGACGCGGAGAAGCUCAUCAGCGGGCUGUCGGUCAACUACGACGACGAGGACGUGGAGAUCGAGAUGAAGCGCGCCCACGUGGAUAUGUACGUGCGCAAACUCAGAGAGCGGCAGCGGCGCAAGAACAUCGCUCGGGACUACAACCUGGUGCCCGCGUUCCUGGGCCGAGACAAGAAAGACAAGGAAAAGGAGAAGCCUGGGGUGUUGGGGGUCGUAGGCGCCGCUGGUGGCGUGGGUGGGGCGGGAAUCGGCGGCGGUGCGAUAGGUUCAGGGUCCACGGCGGCAGUGGGGUCGGGUCCUGUUCCGAGCACACCCAAGAGAAAGAUCACCAAGGAGGAGAAGGAGCAGCGGGUCCGGCUGCGGGGGCUCUGCCAGUUCAUGGCGCAUCGGGAGUUUGAGGACUUCUUCGAGAACAUGCACAAGGAGCGGGUGUUGAGGGCCAAGGUGCGGGAGCUGCAGCGCUACCGGCGCAACGGCAUCACGCGCCUGGAAGAGUCCGCCGAGUACGAAGCGGCGCGCCACAAACGGGAGAAGCGCAAAGAGAACAAGAGCGUGGUCACCUCCAAACGGGGCGGCUCGGGAGGCGGCGGCGGCGGCGGCGGGCUCGGCUCCGGGAUGGGGCUCGGCGGCGGAGCCGGAGGGGGCGGAAGCGUCGGCGGAGGGCUGGGGGGCGGAGGCGGGAUCAAAGAAGAGGGCAAGGAUGGCGAGUUCGCCGCCAUCGAGAACCUGACGGGCUUCGAGCUGCUGUCGGACCGGGAGAAGGUGCUGUGCAACUCCCUCAACCUCAGCCCGGCACGCUAUCUGACUGUCAAAACCAUCAUCAUCAAAGAUCACCUGCAGAAAAGGCAAGGCAUACCAGCCAAGAGCCGACUGCCCAGCUACCUGGACAAGGUUCUCAAGAAACGGAUUCUCACCUUCCUCACAGAGAGCGGCUGGAUAUCUCGAGACGCCUCGUAGCACUCCAGUUUUGGCCUAUAAUAGCUAUAACCUGAGGAGGCAAGACUACUGGUUUACACUGUUUGUUUUUUUGUUUUUUUUUAUUUUAUUUUAUUUCAGGGGUGAUCUUGUGAAUAUGUACAUUGCAAAGAAAAAUGAUACCCCGCUUGGGGGAAAAAAAAGUAUAUUUUCAUACCAGGGCUAUGAACAAAGCUAAGCCUAUAUUUUUGCAUUUUGAAAGGAACAGGGGUGGAGUACAGAUCUGCCCCAUCCACAAUGGUUCUACGUGUUUAUACAGUGCUGAUUACAAAGUAUUAAAUAGCGAUGGCAACGUUUUUUUUUUUUUUUUUUUUUUUUUUUUUUGUUAUUGCAAUAGGUUCACUGAAGGUAUCUAUGUGGAAAGUAUCAGAAAUCCAAUCCGGUGACAGGGCAACAGGUAGUUCAUGCAAAAAAGAAAGGUAAAUAAGAAUAUUAGAUCUUUUCAGCAAGCUUUUAUUCUCUAAUUCAUCAUUUCAAGCUGCAUUCGGUGACAGGCAGAUGUUUGAGUUGUGAGUUCAAGGUCUCGAUUGCUCAGAAAUGUUCCCGUCAACUCCUAGAGCCUGGAGCGUUGGUCCGGAGUCUCUUCUUUGGGAGCUGCUUAUGUUCAGGCAAAGAUCUGCCAAUCAAAUCAAUUCAUGAUUGGAGGAGCUUUAUGGACAGAAAAGUAACAGCAGUUUAAUGACAGAAGAUUUCCGAGCGCCUUGGAGUUGAAUUUGCGAACAACGUGAUUGGUUGUAGGCCGAUCCAGCUCAUAUUCUGGUUAGAUUUGAGUCUGCCCGUGUCAGGCUGGUCAACUAUUUCCUUGUUGGUGGUUGUAAGGAUGGAUGAUGACAAACUGGAGCAAUAUUCUUCCCAUCAUAAAGUCCUAUCAUCAAGCUUGGUGGAUCUUAACGUGAAUAUAUCGGCUAAAUCUCCACUGGUGCCCAGAUGAACCAAAACUGAUUGGUUCAACAGGUUUUGUGUUGAGAUGGGAUCCCACGACACGCAGGCAAAUUCUCUAUCCAAAUGUAGCACAUAUUCCGAAAGUCGGAAAAAAAAAGAAUACCAGUGUGUGUAACGAUUUUACUUUACUGUGACAUAUGAAUAUUAGGAUUGCAGUGCACAGUAUUCGAUCUUAUCCGACGUUUUCAUCUGUGUUUCACUUGGGUUUGUCAGAUUUUGCUGCUGGCGACACAAUAACGUUUCUGUUAGUUUGAGGUUGCUCUCCUGGUUGAUUUGGCGACAGUCGGUGUCGUACCUACAGCUGAAAUAAUUCUGGAGGUUGCCAAAAUAAAUAUUUGUCAUUUUAAUGAAGGAGUCAGAAGAUAAUUGGCAUUUUUUUUCCCCGUGAUUCUGUGAGAAACUGAAGUUUUAUGGCUGCAGCUCUUCACCCAACAGCUCACUGUGGCUGCUCCUUGUUCCAUUACUGUGUGUAAUAUCGUUAGCGAUCCUCCGUCAAAAAAAGAAAUGUUUUGCAUACGAAUUUUUAAGGAUUGAUGGUAUCAACUGCCCAAAAAGUAGCAUUUUUUGUGAUUACUUUUUAAUAAAAGUCUUCUUUUGCCAGUUUAAGGUUUUUAACGUGAAGCGACACCAGUAGAAAAUGUUGGAUUUGCAUCAGGAGUGAACUUACAACCCAUUUGAAACCAUCUGAUUACAUUAACGGUAAUUUCAUAUGUUGAUUUUCUAGGCGUUUUGACACAGGCAACCGGCUCAUAGUAUAUAAAGUACAUAAAAAUAUGAUCGUACUUGCGUUACAGGCCCAAAGUCACUUUGAAACUGCCAGUUGGUUGCUAAUGGACGCCAAAAGCUCUAGGUAGCUCUCUUGUGUAUUUCUGAGUGAAACGGGUAAGAUGAAAACAUUGUUAGUAAGUACAGGAAAGCUUUUCUUGCCUCGUUUGGAAAGGAAAAUACCGUCGCUCCAUCUGGUUUCACCCGACGCUCCAAGCUAGCUAGCUGUCAGCAUGGUGAUCAGUGGUAGCGACCAAAGUUUUAGGACCACGUUUCCUUAAUUUAAAGCAACUUUAGAGCAGCUCAGCGUCGAGUCGGUCGACGCAUUGGUCGCUUCCACUGAUUGGUCGCCUUGGCCAUUGGUGUCGCCAGAGGCCUUUCAAGCCCAUUGUCGCUAUCGCUCGCUAAAUCUCACGGCUAGCCUCUUCCUGGUGCGUACGUCGAAAGUGACCUUUAAAUGAAAGUCUGUUAAAUGUACACACGGGUAGAUGGAACGCAUAUAUAGUAUUUCUUUUUUUUUUUGCUUGGAAAAUCCUGGUUGAUGGUGGUUCUUGUUUGUACCUUUUUUACUGUCCACACUGUUAAAUGCAGGCGAAGAAGCUGGUUGUGUAACAGCAUUAAUGUUCAGGUUCACGACAAGGUUGUUGUUGAUGAUGUCGUCGUUCUCCUCGUUUAAGCUUCCGCAGUCUUCACUCCACCGGCGACCCACACUGUCUAAAUGUAAAUGAGAGUAUUGAACGGCUGCCGUUUUCACAGACGGACUGGAAUAAAUGGAGGAAGCCGUGGGAAUGUGCGGACGUUGCGUACGCUGGAGUAUGUUUGUCUCGUUCGUCUGGUAAAUGGUGCUUUGGUGAAGACACGAAUGUCACCAGAAUGUCCGUAGCGGUCAGGUUUAUUUCAGCAUCCAAGAACAGAAGGGGGUUAAUAUUUGCCCGAUUCCUUGUCAUUCCACGUUCUUUUUUUACUCAAACUCUACGUAAUAGUUCUGACGAUAUUCCAUGAAGAGACCAACACUCUGUUGACUCUGUCCCAACUUUACAACAUCCUGCUAUUGUGAACCAUCUGGAGACCAAGCGUGUAUCCAUCCGCAGCAGAAAACAGUCCCCAACAAAUGCACUUUUUUUUUUUUUUGUUUUUUUGUUCAAAUCUCCAGUUUUACAAAUAAUUUAACGUGUGUGUAGGAAAUUGUCGGGAUCAGGGGAGGAAUUAGAACAUAUUAAAGGAUAAGCAGGCUUUUAUUUUGGUGAGAUUUGUUGAGGUUUGUCUUUCUAGUGUUCAACUGUCCAACUCCAAUAGUGGGUCCACUCCAGUACGAUUAGUUCCUAGACCAUUAAAGUUCCUUUAUUGAAGAUCCUGAAGAGAGUUGGCGUCGUAUUGUAAAGCUAAUGAGCGUCAGAAUGUUCCAGAAUGAAACUGCCAGUUCAAGCUAUUUGUUUGUUAUUUUUUUUUCAAGAAUGGCCUUUUAUUUUAUCUCAUUGUUUCCUUCAGAUUUUGACUGUGGCAUUGUUCUGCAUGUGCAACCAAAUGUUCUAGAUUUUGUUCCAGAUUUUGUCUCGUGUUUGGGUCUUUCGCUGUAAAUGUCUCGCUGUUUUUUUUUUUUUUUUUCUUUACACCAAAAUGUAAAUAAUUUUAUAAGAUAAAAUUGCAAAAAGGGGGAGGGGGGACAUAUAAUUACUGACCUGUGAAAUGUACAGUAUUUUGUGUCAUGAAUUUUUUUUUUUUUUAUAGCUUUUGUAAUAAAACUGAAAGCUUUUGGAUUAACCAGGACGAAGCGUUUGGCUCUGGGUGGCACGGCGGUCUGAAAAUAAUCUGAGCUGUUUUUUGCUGUUCUGUUACUUUUGUUGUUGGGGAGAUGACGAGUUAUGGAGGUGGAUUAAAACGUGCAAAUGCUUUAUACUUUGAA